GGUUCCUCCACCACGUCCCGUCGCUACGCACCAUCGCCUUCACAUCCUUCCUGCCCAUGGUGGACAGCACCUCUCCCCCCCGAUGUUCUUUGUGCUACGGUCUGUCCCAUCACUGGGUCUGGCAGUGUUCUUCUCACAGGUACUGGCCGUGCCUCAGAACCGGCCCCUACCACCAGCCCAUCCAUCCUUCAAGCUUGGCAAACGGCUGCAGAGCUUCGCACGGACUAUUAUGGGUGGGUCCCAGAUGAGAUUGAGGUUCACGGCAACGAAGCCACCUUAGUUACUGCCCUGGUGGAAGGUCGCCUGCGCGUGAUUAGUGACGGAUCCUUCAAGAACGGAUUAGGGACCGCAGCGGUCCAACUUUUGGUGCGGAUUGCUUGCGAUGGUCUCUCUGCCACUGAGAUGGCUUUCGAAGAUCGCCAACUGUCUCCAACUGACGCCCAGUUUGACUUGGUGUCACCCAUUCGGGAAGCUAUCCUCCGGUCCUCUGUGGAUUGGUUGCCCCAGCACGUUUAUGGCCAUCUCAACAAGUCCAAUCUCUUUGACAAAUUGUCUUGGUGGGAGAAGCGGAACCUUGAGGUCGAUGGAAUGAUGGUGGAGUACCGUAAGGAACUUGAGGCUGCCAAUCAUCUCAUAGCCCCCAACCCUCGUUUCUUCACUAAACUUGCGGCGCUUUACGUGGCAGACACCAAACAGUCACGGCUUGAUCCUCAGUUUAUCCAAGAGUGCGUGACCCUUCCCGCCCUUCGCUUGCGCUGGAGGGACAAAGGUACUAUCUCCGAAGCCGAGUCUGAGGUCGCCUUGGACCCGCUAGGCCGCGCCAUGCGAUCUCUCCCUGCAGGACUACAAAGGUGGUCUACUAAACACUGUGUGGGUAUGUGUGGCACAGGUAAAUUUAAAGUCCUAUGGGGUUUGGAGACAUCGGCAGCUUGUCCACGCUGUGGCGACUUUGAGGACCAUCUUCACGUUCCCCGUUGCCGCGCUGCUUUGGCAACAGCUGAAUGGGAUCGUCGCACUGCAGCCUUCUCCGCGUGGCUGGACCUGCAAUUGACGGGCCCUUCCAUAAAAAAAUCGAUCCUACAGCUUCUUCACGGCGUUUGCGCACCUACUUCGCCCUCUCCCCGGACCAUCUCUCCUUCGGUUCGGCCGGCCUUCUUGGCUCAACAGGUGAUUGAGUCUCAAGGCCUUUUGGAGGGACUCAUAGCCUCGUCUUGGCUUCCGCUCCAACAACAACAUUAUGACAAGAUCAGAUGUCGACGAUCUGUCUCUCUCUGGGCGUCCCGCCUCUCACAACAGCUUUUCUCGAUCGGCUUCUACAUGUGGGAGCAACGGAACUCCGUUCAACAUUCGGAUGACAACGUUCAACUACGUGAACGUCACAGCACUGUCAAUGAGGGGAUCCACUCACAGUUUGACAUGGGUCCAGACGACUUGCCCAAGGAAAUUCAACCGAUGCUAACAAGCCGUUGA